AUGAUAUUCAAAUCCCGUUGGCAGAUUGAUAUUCCUGAUACUCAUCUGGCGUCUCUCGUGUUCAACUCGCCUACUCAUCCUCUCUCCAAGACCCAUCGGUGUUAUUCCGAGGCUGCGAGGCCAGACACUCAUUACUUUACGACACAUGAUCUCCGAUUAUGGUGUCAAAGGUUUGCGGUUGGGUUGAGGAAAUCCGGCCUCCAACCGGGUGACCGCGUCGUUCUAUACUCCGGCAAUGAUUUGUUCUUUCCCGUCGUCUUCUUGGGCGUCGUUAUGGCAGGAGGGAUCUUCUCCGGGGCCAAUCCCACCUACGUGGCCAGAGAGCUGGCGUUUCAAUUACAAGAUAGUGGGGCAACAUACCUGAUUUGCGCCGAGGGGAGUUUCGACACGGGUAUCGAAGCGGCCCAGCUGGCAGGGAUGACCCGGGACCGUGUUUUCGUGUUCAAUAACGCUGUCUUUGAUGGGAAGGGCGAAGCCAAGAACGGCUGUCGCUACUGGGGAGAGCUCAUAGCGUCCGUUGACGAGGGAAGUCGAUAUGCCUGGGAUGAUCUGUCAACGCCCGAAGAGACCAACCGCACUAUGGCUCUCAACUAUUCGAGUGGUACCACGGGAAAGCCCAAAGGGGUGGAGAUCACACACAAGAAUUAUGUUUCCAACGUCUUGCAGUACAACUAUCUUUUCUAUCUUAAUCCGGAGUGGAAAUCGAAGGCGGCCAGGGCGCGAUGGCUCUGUUUCCUGCCAAUGUAUCACGCGAUGGCCCAGAACAUUUUCAUCGCGGGUGCGUUGAAACGAGGGGUGCCAGUGUAUAUCAUGCCCAAGUUUGAUUUCAUCAAAAUGCUCGAAUACACCGAGAAAUUUCGAAUUACGGACCUCAUUCUGGUGCCACCCGUGGUUGUGGCGUUGGCCAAACACCCUGCAGUCAGAAGUGGUAAAUACGACCUGAGUAGCGUCGAGACGGUUUCUAGCGGCGCAGCACCCUUGGGCAGAGAGGUCUGCGACGAGGUCGAGGCCCUAUGGGAGCCGGGACGCAUAAAUAUCAAACAGGGAUAUGGGAUGACGGAGACUACCUGCUCACUGCUCGGUUGGAAUCCGAUGGAAAAAUGCCAUUCGGCAUCGGUUGGAGAACCGAACGCCAACUGCGAGGCAAAGAUCAUGGCCGAAGAUGGAGUCACGGAGCUAGGACGGAACCAGCGCGGCGAGCUUUGGGUUCGCGGGCAGAAUGUCAUGAAGGGCUACUGGCGGAACCCAGAAGCAACUAAGGAGAUCAAAACCGCGGAUGGUUGGCUCAAAACGGGAGAUAUUGCUGUGGUAGAUGAUCAGGGCAGAUUCCAUGUAGUUGACCGGAAGAAGGAAUUGAUCAAAGUGAAGGGCAACCAAGUUGCGCCCGCCGAGCUAGAGGCCCUUCUAUUGGAGCACCCUGCAGUUUCGGACGCUGCAGUGAUCGGUGCGCUAGUGAAUGGCGAUGAACGUCCUCGGGCAUAUAUUGUAUUGAAGCCUGAUCAAACUGCCACGGCAGCCGAUAUUGUGGGGUUCAUGAAGGGGAAAGUGUCAGCAAUCAAACGGAUUACCGGAGGGGUGGUCUUCAUCGACGCGAUCCCCAAGAAUCCAUCUGGCAAGAUCUUACGAAAGGAGCUUCGAGAGCGGGCCAAAAAGGAACUGCAGACGGAUGGAAUCACCGCCAAGCUAUAG